AUCCUGUGUUUUGGGUCACAGCACUGUGGAUGAUGCCCAACACAUAUUGGCUCUGGAGAAAUGUUGUUUUGAAUGGACUGAUUGACUGGAUGAAUGAAUUGGUUUCACCCUUUAGAACUGAGUAUGCAAACUAGCUGGAAUAUGAAUAACUGCUAGGAGCCCACAGCCUCCUUGGGGCCUGUCCUGAUGCCUGGGGAUUUCUUGGAGGUUCUGAAAUCUGUCCAUCAUUCCUCAGACUUUAAGGCCGUUGUGGUCAUGUUUAAAACCCUAAAUUCUGUACACUUUGAAGGGGACCCUGAGACCAGAGUCACCAGAAGUGGCAUUUUCCACUCUUACAAGGAUAUGUUCCCAAUUGGAGGUGAAACCAUGAAGAGAAAAUAGAACAAAUAAUAAUGCUUUUCCGCAAUCGCUUCUUGCUGCUGCUGGCCCUGGCUGCGCUGCUGGCCUUCGUCAGCCUCAGCCUGCAAUUCUUCCACCUGACCCCAGUGUCCACAGCUAAGAAUGGAGUGAGUAGCAAGAGUCGAAAGAGAAUCAUGCCUGACCCAGUGACCGAGCCCCCUGUGAUGGACCCCAUUUACGAAGCGCUUUUGUACUGCAACAUUCCCAGUGUGGCUGAGCGCAGCAUGGAAGGUCACGCCCCCCAUCAUUUUAAGCUGAUCUCAGUGCAUGUGUUCAUUCGACACGGGGACAGAUACCCACUGUAUGUCAUUCCCAAAACGAAGCGACCAGAAAUCGACUGCACUCUGGUGGCCAACAGGAAACCAUAUCACCCUAAACUGGAAGCUUUCGUUAGUCACAUGUCGAAAGGAUCCGGAGCCUCUUUCGAAAGCCCUCUACACUCCCUGCCUCUUUACCCCAAUCACCCACUGUGUGAGAUGGGAGAGCUCACGCAGACAGGAGUCGUGCAGCAUUUGCAGAAUGGCCAGCUGCUGAGGGACAUCUAUCUGAAAAAACACAAACUCCUGCCGAAUGACUGGUCCACAGACCAGCUUUACUUGGAGACCACCGGGAAAAGCCGGACACUACAAAGUGGGCUGGCCUUGCUUUAUGGCUUCCUCCCAGAUUUUGACUGGAAGAAGAUUCAUUUCAGGCACCAGCCAAGUGCUCUGUUCUGCUCCGGAAACUGCUACUGCCCAGUGAGAAACCAGUAUCUAGAAAAGGAGCAGCGUCGGCAAUACCUCUUACGUUUGAAAAACAGCCAGCUGGAGAGGACCUACGAGGACAUGGCCAGGAUCGUGGAUGUGCCCACCAAGCAGCUUCGAGCUGCCAACCCCAUAGAUUCCAUGCUCUGCCACUUUUGCCACAACGUCAGCUUCCCAUGCACUAGGAAUGGCUGCAUUGACAUGGAGCACUUCAAGGUGAUCAAGACGCAUCAGAUAGAGGACGAGAGAGAGAGGCGGGAGAAGAAACUAUAUCUGGGCUACGCACUUCUGGGUGCCCACCCCAUCCUGAACCAGACCAUCAGCCGCAUGCAGCGCACCGCAGAAGGCAGGAAAGAGGAGGUCUUUGCCCUCUACUCUGCACAUGAUGUCACCCUGUCACCAGUUCUCAGUGCCCUGGGCCUUAUGGAAGCCCGAUUCCCAAGGUUUGCGGCCAGGUUGAUCUUUGAGCUCUGGCAAGACAGAGAAAAGCCCAGUGAGCAUUCUGUCCGGAUUCUUUAUAAUGGUGUCGAUGUCACAUUCCACACCUCUUUUUGCCAGGAUCACCACAAGCAUUCUUCCAAGCCUAUGUGCCCCCUUGAAAACUUAGUCCGCUUUGUCAAGAGGGACAUGUUUGUGGCCCUGGGGAGUAGCAGUAGUACUAAUUAUUAUGAUGCAUGUCACAGGGAAGGAUUCUAAAAAGUAUGCAGUGCAGUGCUUAUAGAAUCUAUGCCAAUACAGAGGGACGGGAAGGGUCUGCUUCUAGUUCUGUCCGUUGCCAAGAGUAUAAGAUUAUUGAGCUAUAAAGGCUAGAAAUCAUGAUUGAGCCACGUAGAUGUUUGGGUUGAACAGUAAGUACGUUGCUAUAAUUGGGUAUGUGAGUUACUUGGUACAUAAUGGUCAGUUCACAGAAAGAGGAAGGUACUUUUAUCACAGCCAGAUUUUGCUUACGAUACCAGAAUAGUAUUUCGAUACCCAAAGUUGCCAGUCCACAUGUGUAUUAUUUCAAUCUGCCAUGGUACUCUAUUGAUGGAACCAGCAAACCUCAGCUAAAAUUUUCUUCAUCUGGGGCAAUUUUACCUUGUCCCUGUUCAGUGAAACAUUUCCUGAAAUUAUUUAUCUAAAAUAGGGGUUGGCAAAUUUUUUUCUGUACAGGGCCAGAGAGUAAAGAUUUUAGACUCUGGGGACCCAAAGGCCACAGACAGUCGUAACUAUUCAACUUCUGCUCUUGUAAGGUGAAAGCAACCAUAGACAACAUGUAAACAAAUAAGUGUGGCUGUGUUCACAGGGCCUAAGUUUGCCGACCCCUGAUCUCAAAAAACAGGCCCUACUACAUUUGCACUUUCAGCCCUUUGAGAACCAGGUGGAUACAAAGAAUUACUCAGUGGUGCCUCCAGUAACUUCUGCGAGAAACACCGAAUUUGGUCUGUAUCUGGUGUUAGAACAAACCUUAAGGGGAAAUAAACAUUGAAUCAGAAUGAAUCAUAGAAAAAUUACUAGAAUAAUAUUUGAUGUUCAUGAUGAUUAUGGUAGAAGAUAGUUUUUGGUAUGUUUUAAAUAUUUGUCUGCUGUAGUCUGUUUGCUGUAUAUGCUGAAAUUUUUGUAUUCCACUUAGUAUUUUUAUAGUCUAGGAAAAUAUUUUCUAAGACCAGUUUUAGAUGUGCUCCUAUUCCUAUGUAAUACUCAAUUUACUGUACCUGCUUGAUGGUUAGAAGGAAGCCAGAAGCUGAAUUCAGGCACUUUCUUCCAAAAAAACUAAUUAUGGCUCAUUCCUUUUGACAAGCCGUAGAAUUGGAUCAAUUUUUAAACCGUAAAUUCUAAUUGAUUUUUAAAUAAGUUUUUGGAAGAACUUUGUUACUAGAUAGUUGAAUAAUCUUUAUAAGAUAUUUUAUAUAUUAGAAGCAAUUAUAAUUAAAUCUGUGGUUUCUGAACUAAAAUGGUGCUAGUUCCAGGUGAAGAAAUGUAAAGUGCAAGUGAGAUUCUCUGGUGUCAUUGGCAUUCCAAACUUUUCUCUUUGUUUUUGUCUAAUGUUGCCUUUGGAUACGUCUGUUUCUAUAAAUAAAUUUUUGAACAAUACUCAUA